AUGAAGGUCGAGACUAGUGCUGCUCUAUUAAUCCUGCUGGGCGUCGCAUCUGCCCGCCCUGGCGCCAUAAAGGUCAGGAAGACAUCAGCCAAAUUCAGGCGAGAGGUUCCUCAGGAGCACUCGCACGAAAAGUUCCUCCGGGGUGUCGGCCAGGCCCUGAACCUGAACAACGUCGACCAAGUCCAAGAUCCUGUUUUCGCCCUCCUCGGAAAUGCCGCCGCCGCCCAGGGUGCCGGUCUCGUUCAAGAUCUGGACUGCCUGCAACAGCGCGUUGCCGAUCAGGCCUUCACAAACGCGAAGGCAGCCAACGAUGUCGAAGGCAUGACUAACGCGCUAAUCUACCGUGCUCUUGAGAGGAAUACCGCAGCCGUCGGCCAGGCUUCUGUUCUCUGCACGUCCGAGACCGCCAAGAACCCCGAGAUCGCCGCCAUCCAACAGCACCAGGACCCCGCGUCCACCGGUGCCGCCGCCCUGAACAAGCAGAUCACGCUCGAUCUUGCCGUGCAACUGGCGUCGAUCGGCGCUGAUCCCCAGCUCGCCCUACAAUCCGGGACUUUUGAGCCCGGCCAGAUCGGCGACCCGACUGGUGCUGGUAACACCUGCGACACUCUUGAUGAUGCGGAGGGUUGUAUCUUCACGCAGAACCUUCUCGUUGAGGACGCUACUGCGGCCGAAAUCGACGCCGCGGUUGCCGCCGCCAGUGGAAACGCUGGUAACGGUAAUGGCAACGCUAACGACAACGUUGUCAACGAUGAUGAGUGCGUGAACGAGGACGUUGACAAUGAUAACAAUGGUGGAAACAACAACAACAACAACAACAACGGCGGCGGCAACAAUAACAACGGUGGAAAUAACAACGCCACCCCGACGACUGGCAGCAACGUCAACACAUUCACGGGCAGCGUUGGCGCACCGCCUGUCCCCAUCAUUAGCAAUGCCGCAGCGGCGAAGCCAUUCUCGGUGAACGGUGCGGAAUUCCUGAACAUCGGCGCGGCGACGCAGCGAGCAUGCGAUGUGCAGAAGAACCAGUGCGCGAACGCGGCGAACAGCGGGAAUGCGGCGGGCGUCUCGGUAGCCGACUGCGACCAGCAGCAGCAGCAGUGCAUCCAGCAGUAG